UGGCUCGUAUAAUCGGUACUCUGUGUGCAAUAAACAAAAUAAAAAUUUUGUUUUGUUUCAAAUUUUUUUAAAUGUGCUGUAAAAUUUUAUAAUACAAGAAAUUGUUACUGUAAAUUGUUGAUAAAUCCAUUUACCAUCACUACUGCAACAUCAGCCAUGUUGGACGGUUGGUACUGCCGGUCUAUAGCGAGCAUGCAGGCCAGCGAGGCGGCGGGCGGCAGCGACGGCGCGGUGGCGGCGCCGGGCGCGCGCGAGCCGCGGGGCGACUACUCCAGCGACUCCAGUAGCGACGCGGGCCCCGAGCCAAACUACCGCUCGCACUACCUCACCCUCAAGAAGAAACUCAAGUAUCUCAUCUAUGAAAAUGAAUGUUUCCAAGAUGCCUUGAGGUCGAGUCAGAAGCGCUUGCUGAAGGUGUCGAGGGACCGCAGCUUCCUGCUGGACCGCCUGCUGCAGUAUGAGAAGGCGGACAGCACCACCUCUGAGAGCGAGGACACAGAGUCUUCAGACGAUGGGGACUUCCACAGAGUUGAGCCUGUCAAAAGGAAAAAAGUGGAGCAAAACCCAGGCCACCCUAAUAUCUCCACUCCAGCAGCCGUAAACAGAAGCCAAAAUGCUGUGAAGAGGAAGAGAGCUGUAGCUAAGAAACCUCCAAAUGCAGCACACCAACAGCACUUAGGCGCGUUUACCUCCAAGGCCUCCCCAGCGCUGGGCUUCGGGCUGGCGGGCGCGGGCGACGGGCACAUGACGCCCGAGGAGGUGGAGCGGCACCUGCAGUCGCGCCAGAGCUACCUGGAGCUGCUGCCCGAGCGCGCGCCGCCCACCGUGCCCACGGAGAUGUUCAGCAACGACCCCUCGCUUGACAGUGAAUCCAACGAUGUUCUGGAGAAUUCGCCAAAUGUAGAAGAAUGGUUCGAUUAGCGGAGUCUAGUCUUUUAGUACAUAACAAGUAAAUGUGUAAGUGUAUAAGAAAAAUAUUAUAAGUAAACGAAUUUCAAUAUAAA